AUGUACAGAAUAGACGUUUCAGAUUUUUAUGACUUCCAAGCGUUCAGAAAUAUGUGUCCAUUUAGAGACUAUAACAAAGCAGUCGAGAAUUUGAAACGUUUAGUCAUUUAUGUUGACUCUGCCCCAGAAUGUUAUGUCAUGAAAGAAUGGGAUGUUGUCUUUAACAAACCAAGAGCAACAAUAGUGUCUGAACAAGAAUGUAGACAGAAACUUAA